GAAGUUCAAGUUCAACAGCGCUUAGCUCUAUCCAACGUCUUUCUUGCUUUCUCCGACUUUUCCUCUACAGUACUGCUCGAAUACUUAGUGCUCUUAGCGAACUGUGUAUAGAAUGGCAAUGCGUCAGGCUUCGCGUGGCGGAAAACCAUCAGAGUCGAACACCACGUACGAAAUCGCUCUGUUCGGGGAGUUCUUCUCCAAGGAUUUGCCUGCUAUCAUGAAUCGUAUUACUCUUCAUAGCGAAUCUGCUCACCAGAUGCAUACUCGAGAGAUUGUGUUUGAGCCGUUCGAUGCUCAUGUGCAACGCGAGAAGGGUGUCGAUCCCAUCCUCUUGCGGGCGAGGAAAGAACUACUCGAACCUGAUGCGAAAUGGGUGUUUUAUUCAUAUCUCAAGCCUGAGUCUGUUCGUGUGCAUCCCGAUGCGACGGUGAGACCUUGGGCGACCGUUCAGGUCCAAGGCGACAUUCUCAGUUUCGCGUCUACUCUUGGAUAUGUCCGCAGAUCCCAAAUAUACAAACGAGGAUACGUCUUCCGACGAGGCGCACUAGUGAUACAGAUGUUUCAACAAGAAAAGGUCGACGAAAAGACGGAAAAGCCAAUUCCGGCACAUCAAGAUACAUUGUGGGAGGUCGAGGUCAAGACAGCGACUCCAGUCACUAGCAGUAAGGACAAGCCGCUCAGUCAAUACGUCGACAGCGUGUUGGAAGUACAACUCCUCAUGAAGGGCCUACUGGACCUGAGGCGAAAAGAUGCUUAAUCGCUAGGUGAAUGAAGCACAAGGAUUCAC